CCCCCCUACCCCUACCCCUGCCCGGCCCGGCGAUGCUGAGGGUGAAGAACAAGAAGAAGAAGGAGGAAGAGGAGGAGGAAGGGCGGCCGCUCGCGGCAUAAGAGGCGCGGCGGGAGCGGGGCCAGGCACCUGCCCCGCCGGGCUGCCGCAGGGCACCGCGGAGCGCCCCGAGCCGCCCCGCUCGGGGGACCCCGCGGCCGCAGGAGGGAACGCCGGGCUCCCCGGCCGCCGCCCCGCGGAGGAGCGCGGACGGGCGAGCGUAGGGGCAGCCCCCGGCCGCCCCCCGCCGGCCAUGCGCUGAGCGCCGCCGCGCCCGUCCAUGGGGCGGCGCUGAGGGGCGGCGCGGCGCGGCGGGAGGGCGCCGGGGGGGGGGGGGGGGCAAGUAUGAAGUCGCUGCUCUUCAGCCGCUUCCUCCUGCUGCUGCCCUGGGUGCUCAUCGUCAUCAUCGUGCUGGACAUCGACAGCAGCCGGGCGCCGCUGCCCGCCCUGGCCCCCCGCGGCGGCGGCAGUGGUGGUGGUAGCGGGGGAGCCCGGCCGGCGGCGGCGCGGGCGCCCGCCCCGCGGCGGCCCGAGGCGGCGCUGCCCACCAUCUAUGCCAUCACGCCCACGUACAGCCGCCCGGUGCAGAAGGCCGAGCUCACCCGCCUGGCCAACACCUUCCGGCAGGUGGCGCGGCUCCACUGGAUCCUGGUGGAGGACGCGGCGGCGCGCAGCGAGCUGGUCAGCCGCUUCGUGGCGGGCGCCGGCCUGCCCUGCACGCACCUCCACGUCCCCACGCCGCGCCGCUACAAGCGGCCGGGGCUGCCCCGCGCCACCGAGCAGCGCAACGCCGGCCUGGCCUGGCUGCGGCAGCGGCACCAGCACCUGCCCCCCCCGCAGCCCGGGGUGCUCUUCUUCGCCGACGACGACAACACCUACAGUCUGGAGCUCUUCCAGGAGAUGCGUACAACCCGCAAAGUAUCGGUCUGGCCCGUGGGACUGGUAGGAGGACGACGGUACGAGCGCCCAGUUGUGGAAAAUGGCAAAGUUGUUGGCUGGUACACUGGCUGGAGAGCUGACAGGCCCUUCGCUAUUGACAUGGCAGGAUUUGCUGUGAGUCUUCAAGUGAUUCUGUCGCAUCCGAAAGCCGUAUUCAAGCGCCGUGGUUCUCAACCAGGAAUGCAAGAAUCUGAUUUUCUGAAACAGAUAACAACAGUGGAGGAACUGGAGCCAAAAGCAAACAACUGCACAAAGGUUCUUGUAUGGCACACGCGAACAGAAAAAGUAAACCUAGCUAAUGAGCCAAAAUACCAUCUGGACACGGUCAGUAUCGAGGUAUGAUCUGGAGACACAGUUACACAGGAAGUACAGCGCAACAGCUGUGUCAGAAGGUGUUCAAGUUCAGCCAGUUAAAAAAGCCUACUUCUGCCUGAGACCUUUUAAUAGUCAUCUGAUGGACUUCUGUGGAAACAAAAGGAACUUGUCAGAUACUCUAAUAAGGAAAUCAAGUGGGUGUGCUUUGUUCUAACUUGUUUGCAUGCAUGUCUGAACUCUCGUCUUAACUGACACUUACCUUUGUUUUAAGGCUGUUUCCACAUAGUAAAAAUAAUCACGAGAAACAUGGCUGCAAUGGAGUAUUUUCAAAAUCAUCAUUUAUGUAUAUACUUUUUGUAUUUAUCCAGCUUAAUGGUGUAAUUAUAAACUGAUUUUAAAUCACGAACUGUUGAUCUAAAUAUUUGCAUAAAUGGAUCCUCCAAACUGAACAUGUUUUCCUUCAUUAAAAGCAGAGUUCUUGAAGAAACAGCAGUCAAAUAGGUCAUAUGAUAAUGAAAUAAAAACCAACAACCAUUUAUGGAUUUAUCCUUUUAAUAUAGGGAAAUAACAUUUUAUCAUUACGAGGCACCAUAAAAUGUAAACACAAUCACUGUCAUAAACCUGGAUAUCUCUGCAAGGAAAAAUAGAUCUGUUCACAUUGAGUUCCCUUGUAUACAUACUGUGCCAGUAGUUCUCGGCAUUAAUACUGUGUACGUGCCUUGAGCGCCAGAUUGGAUACUUUAUCACAGCGACCUCAAAUGGAUCAAAUGCUCAUUUUUAAAAGAAUAAACUAUUGAUUUGUAGAACUACA